GAAACGGACAUGGUCUGCGCGGAGAUGGGAUGAGCCGAGAAACAGCGGACGGCGAUGCGAGGACAUCUAUUAAAGCUCUCAGGUCUUUAUUAAAUGACACGGGAAGCAUGGCGAACUCCAGUUCAGAGCACGCGGAUCUGAACACGACCUCACCUCAGCCUCACAGGGCGGAGAUCCUGGAGAAUCCACUCCAGACCUAUCUCCUUGGAAUCAUAAUCUCCAUAUGCGGGAAUAUUGUCAUCAGCAUUUCACUCAACAUACAGAAAUAUGCCCACAUCCGUCAGUCUCAGCGAGGCUCCAAGCCCUACUACACGUCUGUGGUGUGGUGGUGCGGCGUGGCUCUCAUGGGCGUCGGGGAGCUGGGGAACUUCACCGCCUACGGCUUCGCCCCGGCGUCGCUCAUCGCCCCGCUGGGCUGCGUCGCUGUCAUCGCCAGCGCUUUCAUAUCUGUGAUUUUCCUCAAGGAGACGGUGCGCGUCUCUGACAUCAUCGGCGGCACCCUGGCGAUAACAGGGACGUAUGUCCUGGUGAUGUUUGCCCCCCACACCACCACAGAGGUCACCGCCCUCCUGAUCCAGUACUACUUCAUCAGCUGGUACUUCCUGGUUUACAUUUCCUUAGAGGUCGUCGUCUUCUGCAUCCUGCUCUACGUGUACAAGUGGAGGAAAGUGACGCACGUCGUCAUCGUGCUGCUGCUGGUGGCGCUGCUCGCCUCUCUGACCGUCAUCUCCGUGAAAGCCGUGUCGGGGAUGAUCGCCGAGUCGAUAAAAGGCCAGCUGCAGCUCAUCUACCCCAUCUUCUACGUCAUGGUCGUGAUCAUGAUCGCCUCCUGUGGCUUCCAGAUCAAAUUUCUCAAUCAGGCAAUGAAAAUGUUCGAUGCCACCGAGGUGGUUCCCAUCAACUUUGUGUUUUUCACCGCCAGUGCCAUCGUUGCAGGGAUCGUGUUUUACCAGGAGUUUGAAGACUUGGCCCUGCUAAACAUUUUCAUGUUUCUUUUUGGCUGCCUCCUGUCUUUCCUCGGAGUCUUCCUGAUCGCCCGAAACAAGCCAAAAAUAAAGCAAGAUCCCGAUUUCAUUGCAAUGGAUAGGAUUUCUAGGCGGAGCGACACAGACAGAGUGGAGCCCGGGGCCAACGCCCAGACGUACGGCUCGCUGGCCUCCAAACUCAUGUGCAACAGGCGGACCCCCGAGGACGACGACUCGUGAAGCGGCUCCCGUCUGUUCGGGACUGCAACUUUAUUGGGGAGGAUUUGUACGUGUGCGUUCUUCAAUAAUAUCUCGUUUAUAGAAAUUUAAUGGGAGGCAUCAAUUCACAAUUGGUGGCCAUAUUGGUCUUAAGAUUUUAUUUAAUGAAGUAUCCCUUUAAAUAGGAGUGAGAUGAAUGCCCAGCAGUGUUAUGAGGAAAGAUUAUUUCAGGAAAGGAAAAAGGUCAUGAGGGCACUGUGACAAAUGUCUUCCAGUAUAACGUGUAUUAAGUUGAUUAAAUUGCUCAGUGUGUGGAUCAGUUGUCAAUAAAUAAUUAAAAGAU